UCUCAUUACGAAUGUCACAAAAAAAAUUAAAGCGCAUUCAAAACAAACCGAAUUUAAUUCGUGCCGGCAAAACCGUUGAUGUUUUGGAAACUUAUAGCAGUUUAAAGUGAAUUUUUUAACAUAAAUGUUAACGUAAAUCUGGCACUUGAAGUUAUUUUUAUGGCCAAGAAGAAUUAAUAUACUAAACCCAAUUCCAACCGAUUGCUGCAAAUGUCCUCAAACCAGAACAAACGAUGGUUCAAAUCCGCCUUCGACGACGAAAUCAAACCGGUACCCGUGAAACGGACCGGAUCGCUAUCGGAGCCAUCCGCUAAUCAUCAACCUUCGGCAGCGAAAGCACCCAAACUAACCAAAACGAACAGUUUCACUUUCGCAGUGCCCGCUGUUCCUGCAGCUACCGGUGCAUCGCAGAUCGAUUGGUCCGUCGAUUUAGCUCCCCGCACCGUCACUGAUUUGGCCGUUCAUCCGAAGAAAUUGGAUGAAAUACAACAGUGGUUCCGGACGUAUGACCGCGUCAGAGACUCCGAACCGGUGGCUAUUCUCCUGGUGUCCGGUCCACCGGGUUGCGGAAAAAGCACCACCGUGAAAACCAUCGCCGAGGAUCUGGGCUAUCGGGUGGCUGAAUGGACCACUCCCGCCGAUAUGGAUCUAUUUUUUCACGAUAACUAUGACUUUGAAAAUGACCGCCAAGAAACAACCUAUCGUGAAAAUCAGCAGAAACUGUUCGAUAAGUUCCUUUACAAAACUUCCAGGUACUGCUCGAUAUUCGAGACCGCAGCGGAACAGAAACUACUUCUAGUCAAGGAUUUCCCCAACGUUUUUCUUCGCGAUCCCACCAUAUUCCUGAACUCGUUGGAAUCCUAUCAGGCGGUGGGAGCCUCUCCACUAGUUUUCAUCGCUACCGAAACAUCGAACAAAAAGCUUGACAUUGUGUUCAACCUGUUUCCACCGGACGUUCUGCUGGACUUCAAAAUUCACCACAUAACAUUCAACAGCGUUUCGGCUACGCUGAUGAAAAAAGCCGUCAAACGAAUAACGUCCCUGAUGGUAGGAGCGGACAUGGCCCGGCACUAUCGCGUUCCCUCGCAGGAGCUGAUCGAAAGCAUCAUCCUGUCGUCGCUGGGGGAUUUACGGAACGUUACGCUGAACUUGCAUUUUGCUUCGCUGAAGAAUGCACCCCGGUUGUCCACGGAAGCGGUUAACGCGGGUGGUCGAGUGCUCAACACAUCCGGUGUUGUAACCGGACGGGGUAAAAAGAAGGAGAAGAAGCUGAAGUCGGUCGGUUGUAAUGAAAAUCUUACCCUGAUGCAUGCGUUGGGGAGGGUGUUCAAUCCAAAGUAUGAAGAGACGGUUAAAGGCGAGGAAAAGUUUCAUCACUCACCGGAGGACCUGACGGAUGCGUUUACCUCUCAGCCGGGAUCGAUGAUUUCGUUGAUUCAUUCCAACUACGUGCUGCGGUUCACCGACAUCGAGGACAUAAAGGAGGCGGCAGAUGCGCUGAGUCUGUCGGAUGUGAUAAUGAGCGAAUAUCGGGAGGAUCUGCUGGCUAGCUACGGACUGAACAUCGCGGUUAGAGGUACGAUGGUGCACAAUCGAAAAACUGCCGGCGGCUGGCAGCAGAUACGAAAGAAGAAGGUCUACAGCAAACCAAGCGUGACGAGUCACGAAGGGCAGCUGAAAAAGUAUGGUUUAGAAACAUCGUCGAUAUCCGCCGGACUGUUUAAAACUGACUAUAAAAGAUAUCUCGAUAUUAUCCAGGCAGGUAGAGUGUAAAUUAAUGUUUUUUUUUUUAGAAAAAUGUUAACAAGGGUGGUGUUCUAGAAGUUUGUAUAUAUAUUGUUUACGCCAUCUUAGGACCGACAAUAAACUCAACAUAAUG